CGCCACAAGCGCGACGUCACUCGUGUAUCUAUAGUUUCCUUCUGUUUUGAAACCCAAGCUUAGUGAAUAGUUCCUUGAGAAAUAUUGUAAAAGCGUUUGAGAAGUGAAAUAAAGUGUAAAAUACCAAAAUCCACAAGAUGGAAAAGAGGGUCGCCUUGGAGCUAAGAGGAAGGAAUCCUUCACAGGUGAAAGAGUUGAAUCUGGACAACUGUAGAAGCACCAACAUCAUCGGCCUCACAGAUGAGUACACCAACUUGGAAAUACUAAGCCUGAAUAAUGUUGGACUCACAACCCUCAAAGGUUUCCCAACACUUCCAAAACUCAGGAAGCUGGAACUCUCUGACAACAGAAUAUCCAAUGGCCUCAAUUUCCUCAAUGGCUGCAAGAAGUUGACACACCUGAACCUAUCGGGGAACAAAAUCAAAGAUUUAGAAACACUGAAACCCCUGGAAGAGUUUGAGUAUCUGAAGAAUCUUGAUCUUUUCAACAAUGAAGUCACAGGUAUCGACGACUACAGGAGUAAGGUGUUCGGUUUACAUCCAUCAUUAAAAUAUUUGGAUGGAUUUGACAAAGACGAUGGUGAAGUUGAGGACAGUGAAGAAGAAGACGAAUUGAAUGGAAACAAUGAUAGUGACGAAGAGAAUUUGGACAUAGAUUUGGGUUCACUGGUGAUAGAUGACGAUAGCAUAACGGAAAGACCAGCGGAGGACAGAACCACCUUCCCAAUGGUAUUAUACAGUGUGUAUGGGCUACUAUUCCACAUGGGUUAUCUCAUGAGACGUUCUGAUGUUGAGGAUGAGGAAGAUGAAGACAUUUCACUCAGUGCCGUCUACAAUGAUAAUCUUGUUGAGGAGAGCUCCGCCGGUUCGAUGUUCGACGGCAGCGACGUGUCCGACGAGGACGACGUCGACGACGAGGAGGACGAGGGCGAGAACGACGCCGAGAACGAGCACAACAGCAAGGCGCAAGGUCAGUGGCCCUUGGGCUAUAAUGCAUAUUGCUGCUUUACAUUAGGUGGUCGACGGUUGACGGCAGCGACUUGGCCGAUGGUUGACGGCAGCGACGUGUCCGACGAGGACGACGACGACGAGGACGAGGGCGAGAACGACGCCGAGAACGAGCACAACAGCAAGGCGCAAGACGGUGACGAGAAUGCAGACGGCGAGCCCGAGGAAAGCACUCGGGGUAAAAAGCGGAAACACGAGGACGACGACGAGAAUUGAGUGUUGCCUUAAGCGGAGUUAUCUUACUAGUUUGUAAGUGUACAGCGCUCCGAUGCAUCGGACAAUAAACCUGGGCCUGUACCGGCGGCCGUCGCCACAACACAUCGCGUUACGUUGCAGUCAUCCCUUAGACUAGUUGUCAUUUGUGAGAUUGAUUCCGUCACCGAACGAGGCUAGGUUAACUCGCUUUCACCCUAGUGUUAACGUGUCUGCGGACAAGAAACGAUUUAAAAUGAAAUGUUUUCUAUCUUUGAAUGUUGAUGUCUAUUGUGUGGAAUCUGUAGUUUGUUGUCCGACAAGUUAAUGUUUCAAUUAAAUUGUUUAUGUAAUAAUCAUUUUUUAUUCUAUUGACAUGCUUAAUUUUAGAUGAAUCAUUGGAAUGGAAGUGCAUGAUUUUAGGAUUAAAAUAGCUCUCAUUCUUAAACCUACAAUUUCAAUGAAUUAUAUUAGUUAGCUGUAAGUGGAAGGAACAUAAAUUAAAUAGGGUAAACAAAAUUAUUUCAUGCCCUUGGAAUAUAUUACAACAAUCCUGAAGUGGGCUCCGCCUGUUAAUGAUGACCAAUUUAGACUGAUAAAGACAUACACCACAAUGGACACUUAAGGUCAAUUUUCACAUAUAAAAUUGUUAAUGACUUAGUCCAUUAUUUUAUUUCCAAAAGUACAAGUGAGAUAAAUGAAAAAAUUAUGCCGCUUUAGGCAACACUUUGAUAUUAACUUUACUAAUAAAUAUUGUUUUAUUUGUUUUUAACAUAUCUAAAAUUGAUAGUCUACGUAUUAUGUGUUUAUUUAUUUAUAAGAUACCUGAUAUCUUAUUUCUUUCAAUCUGUAUUGCAAAUUUUAGCAGAAUAGCUUUUCCAGCGUUAUUUGUUCCUGUUCAAUGUGAACAAUCAACUAUAUUAUGUUUAUAAGAUUUAUUUUUUUAUAUAUUUCGUAAUCUCACUAAUGAUAACUGAUAAUGUUGAUCAGCGUUUCAAAUGAAAUUCCAAAGGGCGUAGUAAAUAACAUUAACCGAAUGCAUAAUUAGAUCAAUUUUUGAUGUCCGAUGAGUUCAGAGAGUAUUUUUCUACAAUCUUUUUAAAUCUUGAAAGAGCAAUUUAUGCACUAAGAAUAUCAAUGAAAUGUUUGGUUGAUACAUCAUGGUGAAUGUGCCAGAUAUGUUGAAGAGAAUUUUAGUUAAUAAUUUUAUUAUAUUAUGUAAGUCAUUAAGUUUAAGUAAUUUACAACUUGUCCUGUUGAUAUAUAUUAUAUAAUCCUAUUAAGACUUUAUUUCUGGGAUUGUAAAAUAAAAGCUAAACUUAA